AUGUCCCAUGAUCCAUUUGCAUCCGUGGGCCUUUGUGACGUCAUAAAACCACAAAAUCAAGAACGAAAAGCAGGUUCUGAGAUUGCCAAGUCUAACCUUCUUCAUAAACGCAACAAAAAACUGAGUGAGGAGUAUAAACAGUUACUGAAGAAAAUCUCGGAAGGUUUGGAGAGACACGACCAGCGACUGGGAUCUCCACGUAAAUCUCGCCAGACUCAGGGUCAGCAGACGGACUCAGAAGACGGUGAGACGGACAGCAUCCGAUCACUUCCUGUCACUGGGCUAGAAUUCUCACAUCUCGACGAACGCGAGAAAGUCCUCAGUAACGCGAAGGAAAAUCUCAGAAGGUUUGGAGAGAUACGACCAGUGACUGCGAUCUCUCCACGUAAAUUUCGCCAGACUCAGGGUCAGCAGACAGACUCGGAGGACGGCGAGACGGACAGCAUCCGAUCACUUCCUGUCACGGGGCUAGAAUUUUCACACCUCGACGAACGCGAGAAAGUCUUCAGUAACGCUAAGGGCUUAGAGAAUUCAAGUCAAGCUAGUUUAUCGCCUGUAGAGGUGACUAUUAAUGGUUGA